AUGAAGAUCGGGUUUGAGGAAGCUCAGCAGUUGGCGGACCAGGCUCUGCGCAAGAUUGGGUACCAGGAAGAGGACAUUCCCACGAUCCGCGACCAUCUGCUUGACAGCGAGCUCCGAGGCUACGGUAUCGCCGGACUCGCGCGAAUUCUGAGUAUUGCUGAUAGACUGUCCGGUAAGAUGCCAUCAUCUGCCAUUGAAGUGACCUCGGAUUCGCCCACAACAUCCCAGCUCAAUGGCAAGGACACUCUUGGCUAUCUGGUGGCCCACAAGGCGACGAAGGUGGCAAUCGAAAAGGCCAAAGCUUGUGGUGUUUCAGCCGUGGGAGCCAACAACACCUACUAUACUGGGAUGUUAUCCUACUAUGCUGAGAUGGCGGCGGCCGAGGACCUUGUAACCGUCAUCGCCUCGAACUGCAGCCCCUGGGUGGCUCCGGAAGGCACCUACAAACCUCUGGUUGGCACCAACCCUUUCUGCAUCGGGGUCCCCACUGAUGGCGUCCCAAUCAUCUACGACAUUGGAACCUCUCGGAUCAUUCAUGCGCAAGUGAUGCUGGCUAUUCGCAAAAACGAGCAGUUGCCCCCGGAUACAGCAUUCGAUGAGAACGGAGAAAUGACAACCGAUCCUGAGCAGGCAUUGAAGGGAGCCUUGGCUGUAUGGGGUGGUGCAAAAGGAAGUGGUUUAGCCAUUGCGGUUCAACUACUGGGCAUCCUGGCCGGGUCCCCUGCACUGCCACCAAAUCUUGAAGAAUUUGGAUACUUCAUCAUGGCUAUUGACCCAGCAAAAUUCAGGCCUAUGGCUGAUUUCAAGCGCGAGGUCGGCAAUCUUAUCACUGCUUUCCAUACGACUCCUACCCUUCCUGGUCAUGCGCUGAGGCUUCCAUUUGAGCGUUCAAACCAUCGCCGAGCGGAAACCAGAGCCACUGGGUAUCUCGAGGUGGACGACGUUGUGAUCGAGCGGCUCGAAGCAUUGAUCUCGCAGCAGUGA